AUGGCGCUCUCCAUCCAUUCUGGGGCGCCCGCCUGGGCCGAGCUCGCCACUGUUCCCCCAGAGACGGCCCUGCAGGCAGCGAGGCCGCUGCCGCAGCAGCCUAUUGACAAGGGCCGAAUCUGGUUUGUGCUCAUAGUCGGUGCAUCCGCGCUCUUUGGGGCGACCGUGCUCCUCGAGAACAGGGCUGCCUGGUUCCCAGCCAUCGCCAAGGCCAACCAAGCCAUGAAGAGUGCCGCGACGGCAAGCAGUCGGAAUGGGGAGGGUCGCGCUGAGGGCCAGGAGAUACCCCACACGCACGGAGAAGCAUGGCAGGCAGCCACGCCGCCCAGCACCGUCUCAGACCUGUUCCUGUGCAGGAGACUCUGGCGCCUCGUCGUGCUGUUCAGACCCUGGCAAACCCUCUUCCUGGCUGGACUGUCCAUCGCUGAGGCGCUCGUGGUUGCGCAGGUGGGCAAGGUGGCCGGCAGCUACUACGCCAUCCUGGUGGACUUUGACCCCGGCGCCUUCCUGGCCACCACGCUGCACUCUGCAGUCCUGUACGCCGCCUGCGCGGUGCUCUCCGGCGUGGGCACCGCGCUGCAGCGCCGGCUGGCGCUGAGCUGGCGCCAGCGCCUCACUGCGACGCUGCACGCCGCCUACUGCGCGGGCGCCGCCUUCGCGGGGCUGCGCCUGGACAACCCCGACCAGCGCGCCACGCGCGACGCGCGCGCGCUGUGCGACGACCUGGCCGCCGUCGCGCGCGUGGCGGUCAGCAUCCCCUUCCGCGGCGCCUACUACGCCGCGCUGACCGCCGGGUACCUGGGUUGGCGCGGCCUGGCGGUGGCCGCCGCCUACUUCAUCUGCGCCACCCUGCUGCAGUGGUCUGUGGCGGUCCCCCUGGCGCGGCUGGUGUACGCGCAGGAAAGUGCGGAGGGCGACCUGCGCACCGCCCACGCCCGCCUGCGCGCGCUUCGCCACGACGCAGCCCUGGCCGGCCGCGGUGGCGACGGCCACUACGGCGCCGAGGCCGAGGCGCUGGGCGCCGCGGCGGCCGCCGCGCUGGGCGCGCAGGCGCGGCUGGCGCCGCGCCAGGCCGCGCUGGAGGUCAGCACCAAGGCCGUCGACUACGGCGGCGCGCUGCUGACCUACACCGCCGUGGCCGUGGCCGUGUUCUCUGGCACAGGGCCGCGUGGUGGGGACCCUGGCGACACCGCACGCUUCGUGUCCAACGCCGCCUUUGCCACCAUGGCCCUGGUCUACACCUUCACCGAGCUGAUGGACAAGCUUAACACGUACGCGCGCCUGCCUGGCCUGCUCGCGCGUGUGGGGGAGCUGCUGGAGGAGCUGGAGUCUGGCGCUCCGUCGAUUGAGAGGAGUGACACGGCAGGCAGUCACAGCCAGCUGAGCCCUUGGAGGGUCUACGGCCCGGCCCCGGCCUCUCUCUCUCUCUCUGCGUGGGUAGGGGAGGCUCCCGCCAGGGAUCCCGCUCUGCGCUUUGCAUCGAGCUCGGAGCCCGAGGCCGAGCUGUCGGUGCACUGCCUGCCGCGCGGCAGCGCCAUGCAUGCCCGGGCGCGCGCCGUCUUCCCGCAGGCCCCCGACGUCGGGGCCCUGCUGGCCUGCCUCACCCUGCAGCCCAUGGCGCACGAGUCCAGGGACGGCUCCGAGCUGGACGCCGCCCUGGCCCGCUUCCUGGCCUGGGUCCACGCCGUGCACGUUGAGCUGGUGCCCCGGGGACGGUGGGUGGACGCGGUGGACCCCGCCACCGGCCGCGCCCUGCUGGGGCGACCGGGGUCGAAGCCGUGGGCCGAGGCGGAGGCCGCGCGCCACCUGCUGGGCUACGGCGUGGCGCAGGGCGUCUCCUCCUGCGCCUUGCUGGUGCACCCGCGCCUGGGGUCGAAGGUCUUCCCGGCCACGCUGCUGACCGACGCGCCCUGGGCCGAGUUGGAGCCGGCGCUGCGCCUGCUGCCGGCGCCCGGCGCCGCUUCCCCGCCACCCCUCCCCUCGCCACCGCCACCGCCGCUGCUGGAGCUGGAGGGCCUGAGCCUGCGCACGCCCGACGGGCGGUGGGCGGCGCGCGACCUGGCCCUGCGCCUGGCCCCCGGCCGCGGCGUGCUACUGGCUGGCCCCAACGGCGCUGGCAAGUCCACACUCCUGCGCGCGCUGGCGGGGCUGGCGCCGCUGGCCGCAGGGCGCGUCGCGUUUGAACCUGGCGCGCGCGUCGCCUGGCUGCCGCAGCGCCCGCUGGCCGCGCCGGGUGCCGCGCUGUGGCAGCAUCUGGCCUACCCGGCGCGCGGCCCGCGCCCGACGGAGGCCGCCGCGGGCGCCGCGCUGGCGGCCGUCGGGCUGCGGCGACUCAUGGCCCACCCCGGCUGCCUGGACGCGCCGCCGCCCGACGGCCUCUCCCCCGGCGAGCUCCAGCGCCUGGCCUUUGCCCGCCUGCUCCUCUGCCCGCCGGCCCUGGCGCUGCUGGACGAGCCCACCUCCGCGCUGGGCGCGGGAGCGGCGGCCGAGGCGUAUGCCGCCCUCGCGGCCGCGGGCGUCACCUGCCUCAGCGUGGGCCAGGACGUGCCGCACCUCCGCGCCGCGCACGCCGCGGUGCUGAAGCUGGUGGGCGGGGAUGGGGCCUGGACGCUGGAGGGCGGCGACGACGUGGCGCCGUGA